AAUCAGCCAAAAACUGCUGAAUCUACUCAGCCAUCGUUUCUACCUGAACAGCUGGAUGCUCUUCGCUACCAGAUUCAAAUGUAUAAACUACUUUCCACCAACAAACCUAUUCCUGAUUCUCUUCAAAAAACUGUUCUUAAAUCGGAUGAUGGUGCUGCUGUCGGUGGUCCUCCACGUAGUACUGCUCCUCCUAUGGCCCAGACGAUUGUAAAUGCGGCUCUUAAACAAGAACUGAAUAGUCAAACUACUGCAUCUGGACCUCCUACUACUGCAUCUCAAGAAUCUGCUACGUUUGUUUCUCCUUAUACAGUGUAUGCUGAGCGAACUUCACUCGCUGAUAUGCAUCAGCGUCUUCUGUUUCCAAGUGGUUUACCUUCUCCCAUUGAUCAUGUUACUCUUAAACUUCAACGUGACAAGUUUCUGCAUGCCCGUGUUGACUUUCGUAUUCAUGAAUUGGAAUCACUUCCAAGUACUUUGUCAAAUGAACAUGACGAAAUCAAACUUCGUGCUUUGAUUGAGCUCAAGUCACUUCGGUUGAUUGAGAAGCAACGCCAACUACGCAAUGAGAUUGCUCAAUCUCUUUCAACGGCAACGACCCUGACGACUGCAAUCGAUCGCAGCUCAUUCCGUCGUAUGAAAAAGCAAUCUUUGCGUGAAGCUCGCCAAACAGAAAAACAAGAACGUGCUCAAAGAUUUGAGCGAGACAAAAGAGAGCGCCAAAAACACUUUGAUUUUCUCAAUUCUAUUUUGGCUCAUGGUAGAGAUUUCCUAUUGUUUCAUAAGCAGCAGGUUGCCAAACAAAAUAAAUUGGGCACGCUCGUUCUUCGUUUCCACAACAAUUCUGCCAAGGAAGAAGAGCGUCGUUUACAGCGUGUGUCACAGGAGCGUCUAAAUGCUUUGAAAUCUAACGAUGAAGCUGCCUAUCUCAAACUUAUUGAUAAAACAAAAGAUACUCGUAUUACACUUUUACUCGAGCAGACUAAUUCGUUCUUGACUUCUUUGACUAAUGCUGUUGAAAAACAAAAAGGAAACGUUGGCGCCGACUUUGACAUUCCCAUUCAGCCCGAUCUGGGCACUCAUGAAGCGGAGGCUGAUCCGGACGGUACUCGCGACUACUAUGCGACUGCACACAAGAUCAGAGAAGAAGUCACUGAGCAGCCCUCUAUUCUUAUUGGUGGAACCCUAAAAGACUAUCAGAUUAAAGGUCUUCAGUGGAUGGUGUCACUCUAUAAUAACCGUUUGAAUGGUAUUCUUGCUGACGAGAUGGGUCUAGGUAAAACCAUCCAAACUUUGUCACUUAUCACCUACUUGAUCGAACGAAAAAAACAACCGGGUCCAUUUCUUGUCAUUGUCCCCCUCUCUACAAUGACCAACUGGGUGAUUGAGUUUGAAAGAUGGGCUCCUGCUGUUAUCAAGGUGGUUUACAAAGGCUCUCCAAUUGAGCGCAAAAACCUUGCCUCUGUUGUCAGGGCAGGCGGAUUCAAUGUUUUAUUGACCACGUUUGAGUACAUUAUCAAUCCUAAAGAUCGACCUGUUUUGAGCAAAGUUAAAUGGGUUCAUAUGAUCAUUGACGAAGGUCAUCGUAUGAAAAAUGCUGAAUCGCGCUUAUCUACAACACUGGCCCAAUACUAUUCUGCCCGUUAUCGUUUGAUUUUGACAGGAACUCCCCUUCAGAACAAUCUUCCAGAACUGUGGGCUCUACUCAACUUUAUUCUUCCCAAAGUGUUCAACUCGGUCAAGUCUUUUGAUGAAUGGUUCAAUUCACCAUUUUCCGGAACAACAGGCCAAGACCGUAUAGACCUUAACGAAGAAGAACAACUGCUGAUUAUUCGACGUUUACACAAGGUGCUGCGACCAUUCUUACUUCGUCGUCUCAAAAAGGAUGUCGAAUCCGAACUUCCUGACAAGGUAGAGACGAUAGUCAAGUGUCCUAUGUCAGCUCUGCAACUUCGCUUAUAUGAGCAGAUUCGCCAUCGUCGUUUUGGUGGGGAUGGAUUUAGCAAAAAAAAAGUGCUCAACAAUCUUAUUAUGCAGUUUCGCAAGAUUUGCAACCAUCCGUUUGUGUUUGAUCAGGUGGAAGAACUGAUCAACCCCUCAAAGGGAACCAACGAUACUCUUUUUCGGGUUGCUGGAAAAUUUGAGCUGCUUGAUCGUAUCCUUCCUAAAUUCAAAGUAUCUGGUCAUCGUAUUCUCAUGUUUUUUCAAAUGACACAGGUUAUGGAUAUUAUGGAAGAUUAUCUCAGAUGGCGUGGGCAUAUUUACCUUCGUCUGGAUGGACACACCAAGCCUGAAGAGCGAACUGUCAUGUUAAAGACUUUUAACCGACCCGAUGAUCCGCCUUUUAUUUUCUUGCUGAGUACUCGUGCAGGCGGUCUUGGUUUGAAUUUGCAAACAGCUGAUACAGUAAUUAUUUAUGACUCGGAUUGGAAUCCUCAUCAGGAUUUGCAGGCUCAGGAUCGUGCACAUCGUAUUGGCCAAAAAAAAGAGGUUCGCAUUCUUCGUCUUAUCACAUCCAAAUCUGUCGAGGAAACCAUUUUAGCUCGUGCACAAUACAAGCUUGAUAUUGAUGGUAAAGUUAUUCAGGCCGGUAAAUUUGACAACAAAACCUCUGAACGUGAGCGUGAAGAGCUUCUUCGAUCUCUUUUUGGCGCAGAUGGUGAUGAUGGAGAAGAGGGUGACAAAGAUGGCGAGAAUAUUGAAAAGGAAGGAGAAAUCGAGGACUCGGAUUUGAACGAAAUUAUUGCACGUAAUGAAGGCGAGCUGGAACUAUUUAAUAAAAUGGAUGUUGAGCGUCGACAGCAGGAAGAGCAAGCGUGGAGAGCUCGAGGAAAUACAGGACCCGUGCCUUGUCGUCUUAUGCAAGAUGCUGAACUACCACAAGAGUUUUUAGAAGAUCCAGAACUGCCUGAAGACGGUAAAAACUCUGCCGAGUUGUAUUUCGGUCGUGGCGGACGCCAACGCAAAGAUGUGAUCUACGAUGAUGGUCUAAAUGAAGAGCAAUGGCUGAACGCGGUCGAUCAUGGCGAUUUGGAGAGUGUGACACUUAAGAAGCGCAGACGUCGUGAAGCCAAGUUGGCCCGUAUGGCAGCCAAUAACAAUGACUCGACGCCUGGUUCUGAAGCUGGGGAUACUCCAGACGGUGCGGAUUCUGGCAGAAGGGGGCAUAGAUAUUUUGCAGAUGUUGAUCCUGACGCACCCGAUACAGUUGAUCCAGCCAUGCGUUCUGCUUUGCGCCGUAUUUUCAUGGCUGCAUACAAGGCUGUUGAGGAAGCCGAGGUCGAAAUUGAAGGCGACUCGUAUCAUAAAGUGCUUUUGCUGACUAAUUUGAAUUUUAGAUAUACUCGCCGUCGCUGUGAGCUCUAUGUGACAUUACCAGACCGUGUUAGCUACGCCGACUACUACAAAUACAUUUCUGCUCCAAUUGCCAUGGACAUGAUUUUGCAUCGCGCAAAACAUACUUUUUAUCCCGAUCUUCAAUCUUUUAUUUCCGACUUUCAUCUUAUGUUUGCCAAUGCCAUGGCUUACAAUAUGGAAGGCUCCGAAGUCUGGGAAGAUGCG